CAACUACUAGUGGUGAGCGAAUCGACGUUCGGACGACGGAUGGAAUUUACUCCGUCAUGAGAAAGCAAAAGCUAGAGCUCCUACACCAUUACGGGAUGCAGUUAUCAUAUAUGAUUGGGCUAUUCUCAUUGCAGACAGCUAUUGCCCGUGUUGUCUGACCUCGUCCCAUUCAAUGAGAUUGCGUGUUGAAUCCUGUUCCGAGCCUCUUUUCCCCUCCUGCGAAAGCAUGAUAGAUUUGCCCUACCUACCUAACUUUGUCAACAGCGUGCCGUUUGUGAUUCGAAUGCGUACAAGGGAAGGUUGAGACGUAGAUCCUCCUGCCUACGUGCCUGGUCGCGCACUUAACGAACGGUGGUCGCGUCUUCGAAGACGCCUUGCGUUCAGUUGAACAAACAAACCCUCUACAGCAUGUCUAACGGUCCUUUGGCUACUCCGCAUAUCGAGGACACCCCUGGAGCAUGGCCAGAAACGCCGGCUGACGAAACGCAACAACGCUCAUAUGGAGGCGCGUCUCAAAGGCCCAAUGAUCUUCCUUCGGCCCAUCAGAGGACCAACAAUUCAGGUGGCUUCCCUCCUUCUCGGAUUGCAACGCAAAAUGCACGGACAGAUCCUCAGGAAGGAUCAUCAAAGCAACAUGAAGAUGCACCGGUGGCAGUUUCCGAUGACACAUCGGACGACGACGAGAAUGAAGAAGGAAACAAAGAGUUCGCCCCGAUCAAGUCAACCUCUUCUCGACCCCAACGGCCUCCAUCUGGCCGCAAGCUCACUGAAGAUGAUCUCUUCCGUGCUCUAUCGAGACGUAAGACUAAUCAGAGCGGAAAUGAAGGACCGGACGAGAAAGGAAACGAUUCAAUGCUUGAAGACAUGGGAGAGGAGGAACUGGUCGAGGUCGAGCGGCUCAUGUCUCGCAUGUUUGGUCGAACCCGUCAGGCGCAUUCGCAGGACGAGAAGACACGGCACGUCGGAGUCAUCUUCCGCAACCUCACUGUGAAAGGAAUGGGUAUCGGCGCCGCCUUACAGGCUACCAACGGUCGCCUCUUGCUUGGCCCGUUUCGAUUUUUGAAGAAUGUCAUCACAAAAGGUCCUAGAAAAGCCGCAGGAAAACCGCCUGUGCGGACAUUACUAGAUAACUUUACCGGCUGCAUUCGACCUGGAGAAAUGUUACUGGUUCUGGGGCGACCUGGGGCCGGAUGUUCGACAUUCCUGAAAGCCGUAGGCAAUCAAAGAUACGGCUAUGAAAGCGUCGAAGGGAGCGUGACUUACGGUGGGACGGAUGCUCAUACCAUGAUGAAAAACUACCGUGGAGAAAUCUUAUACAAUCCGGAAGAUGACCUACACUACGCAACACUUACUGUAAAGAACACCCUUACUUUUGCUUUGAAGACAAGAACUCCCGGAAAGGAGUCGAGGAACGAGGGUGAAUCCCGCAUGGAUUAUGUCCGCGAAUUUUUGCGUGUCGUUGCCAAAUUGUUCUGGAUCGAACACACUUUGGAUACCAAAGUGGGAAACGAAUACAUCCGUGGCGUGUCCGGGGGAGAGAAAAAACGUGUCAGCAUUGCAGAGGCCAUGAUAACAAAAGCCAGCACUCAAUGCUGGGACAAUUCUACCCGUGGUUUGGACGCCAAUACCGCCCUUGAAUACGUCCAGAGCUUACGUUCCUUGACAAAUAUGGCCCAUGUGUCAACCUCAGUAGCUUUGUACCAAGCCGGAGAAAGCCUCUUUAACCUUUUUGACAAGGUUAUGCUCAUCCAUGAAGGAGAAUUGUGCUACUUUGGGCGAACUGAAGAUGCCAGAGCUUAUUUUGAAAGCCUUGGGUUUGUCGCUCUGCCUCGAUGGACAACGGCCGACUUUCUCACCUCUGUCACCGAUGAACAUGAACGUAAUGUUAAGGAAGGAUGGGAAGACCGCAUUCCCCGAUCGGCAGCUCAGUUUGCGGAAGCAUACAGAAACAGCAGCGCAUCCACAAAGACUAUGACUGACAUUGAAUCCCUUGAAGUUGAAAUGCAGCAGCAAGAGCAGGAACGGCGAGCGCUGGAGAGUAAAAAGACGCAACGGAACUAUACACUUCCUUUCCACAGGCAGGUGAUGGCCUGUACGCAUCGUCAGUUUUUGGUCAUGCUCGGAGAUAGACAGGCGUUGAUUGGGAAAUGGGGAGGCAUUAUCUUCCAGGCUCUGAUCGUCGGAAGUCUAUUUUAUAACAUGCCAAAGACAAGUUCAGGCGUCUUUGAACGCGGCGGUGUGAUGUUCUUUAUGCUUCUUUUCAACGCUCUUCUGGCUCUCGCCGAGUUGACUGCUGCGUUCUCAAGCCGACCGAUUUUAAUGAAACAUAAGAGCUUCUCUUUCUAUAGGCCCGCCGCCUACGCCAUUGCACAAGUUGUCGUGGAUGUCCCGCUCGUUGCGGUUCAAGUCUUUCUAUUCGACAUAAUUGUCUAUUUCAUGUCUAAUCUCCAACGGACGGCAUCACAGUUCUUUAUCAGUCUAAUGCUUCUAUUUAUCUUGACCAUGACCAUGUAUUCUUUCUUUCGGUCGAUUGGCGCCUUGUGUUCAUCUCUUGAUGUGGCAACUAGAAUCACAGGCGUUGCCAUUCAAGCUCUGGUUGUGUAUACAGGCUACCUUAUUCCCCCCAAGAGUAUGCAUCCAUGGUUAAGCUGGCUUAGGUGGAUUAACCCAGUCCAAUAUGGUUUUGAAGCAUUGAUGUCCAACGAAUUCUACAAUUUGCAGAUUCAAUGCGUUCCGCCGUACCUUGUGCCCAGUGGACCUGGUGCUCAGCCUGGGCAUCAGUCUUGCCUAAUUCAAGGUAGCAGGCCAGGCCAAGCGACAGUCAGUGGCGCUGACUAUAUACACACUGCCUUUGGCUAUACUCGAUCUCAUUUGUGGAGAAACGUCGGAUUUAUCUGUGCUUUUUUUACCUUCUUCGUCUGCUUAACCGCUUUUGGGAUGGAAUUGCAAAAGCCUAACAAAGGAGGCGGGACGGUGACUGUCUUUAUGCGUGGACAGACACCUAAAUCAGUUGAUCGGGCGCUCGAGGCGGUUGGCACACGUGGCGACGAAGAAACUGGAAAAGGCGGUGGCGCUACACCUUUGAGCAGCGAAUCAAGUGACUCAGAUGUUAACAAAGGACACACUAAAGGAGUCGCUCGGAACGAAACUGUUUUCACGUGGCAGGAUGUGAAUUAUACGAUUCCCUAUAAAGGAGGUCACAGAACCUUGUUGCAAGGUGUCAAUGGAUAUGUUCGACCUGGGAGGCUAACUGCCUUGGUUGGUGCAUCAGGGGCGGGAAAAACAACGUUACUCAACGUUUUGGCGCAGAGAAUCAGUUUUGGUGUUGUGAGAGGCAACUUUCUGGUCGAUGGACGGCCGCUCCCCAAGUCUUUUCAACGAGCAACAGGUUUCGCAGAACAAAUGGACGUUCACGAGCCCACUUCGACUGUGCGUGAAGCACUGCAAUUUUCUGCCAAGCUGCGACAGCCAAAGGAGGUACCCCUCGCUGAAAAGUACGAGUAUUGCGAACGAGUUAUCGAUUUGCUAGAGAUGAGAGACAUUGCAGGCGCAACGAUCGGAGUGCCUGGAGCCGGAUUGAACUUGGAACAAAGGAAACGAGUAACCAUUGGCGUUGAACUCGCUAGCAAGCCAGAGCUUUUGAUGUUUUUAGACGAGCCAACCUCAGGUCUGGACUCUGGCGCUGCUUUCAAUAUCAUUCGGUUCCUUCGCAAGCUCGCCAACGCCGGCCAAGCCAUCCUUUGCACGAUCCAUCAACCGUCGUCAGUGCUUUUCGAACAUUUUGAUGAACUUUUGCUUCUAAAAAGUGGCGGGAGAGUUGUAUAUCAUGGAUCCCUUGGGAAAGAUUCCAAGGAUCUGAUAAGCUAUUUCGAGCGCAAUGGGGCUAAGCACUGCAAACCUGAUGCAAACCCCGCCGAGUAUAUGCUCGAGGUAAUUGGCGGAGGUGAUCCUAACUACAAAGGCAAAGAUUGGGGCGAUGUCUGGGAACAGUCCCCAGAAAGCCACCAGCGGCUCCGGGAGAUAGAAGCUAUGAUUGACGAGCGCCGGGAGGCAACUGUCUCUAGUCAUACUAGGGAUGAGCGAGAGUUUGCUAUGCCCUUGGCUACUCAAAUCCCCACAGUUGUGAAGCGCACUUUUGUCGCUUAUUGGCGAUCUCCUGAAUAUAUUGUUGGAAAAUUCAUGCUUCAUAUUUUUACCGGACUUUUCAACACAUUCACCUUCUGGAAACUUGGCCGUUCACAAAUUGACAUGCAGUCGAGGCUUUUCUCCAUCUUCAUGACUCUUACAAUUUCGCCUCCUUUGAUUCAACAACUGCAACCAAAGUUUAUUCGGUUCCGAAAACUUUACACCUCCCGUGAAGCAAACUCCAAAAUUUAUUCCUGGAUAGCAUUUACAAUCGCCGCGAUACUUGUUGAACUACCUUAUGCGAUCGUGGCAGGAUCUAUCUAUUUCAAUUGUUGGUACUGGGGAGUGGGGUUUCCCCGGAAUAGCUUCAAUGCUGGAUAUACCUGGAUGCUACUAAUGCUGUUUGAGGUGUACUAUGUUGGCUUUGGACAGGCUAUUGCAUCAUUUGCCCCGAACGAACUGCUGGCUUCGCUGCUCGUUCCAGUCUUCUUUCUUUUCGUCGUUUCCUUCUGUGGUGUCGUAGUACCCUACGCAGGACUACCCUAUUUUUGGCGCAGCUGGAUGUAUUGGCUUACACCCUUCCACUAUCUGCUCGAAGGGUUUGUCGCAGUUGCUACGCACGGCAUCCCUAUAAACUGCUCCCAAAGCGAGUACGCUCGGUUUACUCCUCCGGCGGGACAGACUUGCGAGCAAUACACUCGAGGCUUUGUGCGCGCGGUUGGCGGAUACGUUCGAGAGGUGGAUGGCAUGUGCAUGUUUUGUCAAUAUGCCAAUGGUGACCAAUUCGCUGCUGGGUUCAAUGCUUUCUAUUCUCAUAAAUGGCGCGAUUACGGCAUCUUCUUCGCCUUUUGUAUCUUUAAUUUUAUGGUUGUCUUUUUCUGCUCAUGGCUGAUGCUCAAAGGCGGCCAUCGGCUCAAGUCGCGGAUCCGUUCAGCCAGCAACAAGGAAAAAGUGGAGGCUGAGAAAUGAUUUUUUCCGCUUCAAACAUUGUUGGAUAUUCAUUUUAUCCCUUCGUAUUUGAUAUCAAGCGAAAUGUAUUCUUUUGACAACCUAUGAUUACUCAGGAAAGGUUGUUUGUGCUCUUGGACUUACUCUCUCAUCUCCUCUAUAGUUUUACUAAUAAUGGG